GAAUAUUUAAAAGCAUAUAAAAGCUUCGCAGCUCGAGUCGAUUCGAGUUCAACCAACUGCCUUCUUAUUACGAAGCAAAGGGCAGUUUUUUGCUUGGCAAAGACGAUGUCUUCUGUCUUGCUUUUGACCCUGGCUUUUCUCAGUUUGGUGGUGAGCAGCGAUACAAGAAACGAUGCCCAAAGUCAACAAGAAAGGGAAUUAGCACAGUUGUUUUUGCAAAACAUCCCAAAUGCAUCAAAAUAUGUCCGCCAUGUACCUUCCUACCUGAAGAAAUUGUACCAGAUGCAGGAUCGUCUCCCUACAUUUUCACAAGUCUCGUGUGUAUUCAGUGAAGGUGAACUAUAAAUUUGAAAAUUUCAUGCGUACAAAUUAAGGCUAGAAAGACCAUAACAUCGUUUUAUUCUUGUUUGUUGUAGAUCACAAGCCUUCAGAGAAACGUCGUUUAAUAUUUUCCUUUGACUUAUCCGAUAUUAAAAACUUGCCAGAAGCAAAUAAAGUGCAGUUACGUGUGUUUAAACGAAGAUCUAAACAACGAAAUUCACGAGAGUUCUACUACAUACAUUUAUACCAAAUAUUUGAAAACAAUAUGAACAAUUCUUCCCGCGAAAACAAACGUUUACUUAGUUCACGGUUUGUUCGCAAUUCUCGUGGCGAAUGGCUGGUAUUUGAUGUAACGUCGGAGUUUAAUUCACAAGAAAACAUACUUACGACAACAAAGUGUAACUUUCUGUUGGAAGUGAACGCAGUUAAAGAACGACCAAAGUCUAAGCCUGUGUCAAUAGCAGUUAAGUCUGGUCGUAAACAGCCAUUUAUUUUGGUGUUUUUUCAAACAUUCCCACAACCUUUACUAGCUUCGGAAGUAAAAAAACCGGUCGUUUUCGGCUUAGAUAAAUUUCCUUUUGGCAAAUCACGUUUUCCACGAGUUGCAAAGUCUUUGGACAGACCAAAUAAGCUGUGUUCUCGUCGAAAAUCGUUGUAUAUUAAUUUUAGUAACUUGGGCAUGGCCAAUAUUAUUGCACCUCAAGGUUACGAGGCGUAUUACUGUGCUGGUACAUGUCCUGUAUUUUCAGGUGAAAGUGUGUAUUCAUUUCUUCGAAACCGUCAACGGCUAGUAGGCGGAAAGAAUAUCCCUGCAGCUUGCUGUGUUCCUACCAAAUUGGAAUCUCUAUAUAUUCUGUAUCUUGCGGACGCAAAAGGAAAUGUAGAAUAUAAACGUUUUGAAGGAAUGGUCGUGUCAUCGUGUGGAUGCAGAUAACUUUAAGAGAAAGUUUAAUAGAUUAAACCAUAGAAAGUAAUGAACUGAAAAGUAAAAAGCUUUUAAGCUCUUUAAAUAUCUAUGUAAAUAGAUUCAAAUUUGCGAUAGGUGUGCACUUGUUGUGACACUUUCAUACGUAUGCAUUUGGUUAAACAAUGGCAUUAAAUUAUCCAGUACAAAAUUAGAGAGCUCGAGUAAGUUGUUA